AAGGGGUGAACCAGCAAACACACAAGUAUGGCCGCAAUACAGCGCGUCAAACCGCCAGAGAUACGUGUUUGAGAUGGGGGGAAGCAGUGCAAGCCAUCUGGAAGAAGUCGACAUUAGCCCAGCAAUGCAAUUGCAUGAAGGUGUGAUUAAAGCAGUCGCAGGCAUACAGAGCGGAUCUAAGCUGUAGUGAUAUGUCGUAUACGUGUAAGCCUUUAGACUCGAUGAGUUUGUUUUGGAGAUGUUUGCUCAUGUGACUAAAGAAAGAUGAUGCGAGGUAAUUUAGUUCUACCCCUGAAUGGAAGAACAUCGACGCUCUGGGCCAGGGUCGCAUGCAAGCAAGGCCGCAGGAGAGGUCCGGAUUAGACUAUUGAAUACACUCAGCAGGUUAACAUGGACACGACUCUGCAGGCAGCAGUCAGUGACAUGUCCAACACUCAGCAAGAUACUCUACCAAGACCUAGUGCGGCUGCCGCAGUGAACAACAGCAGGCGAAGAAGACAAAGGAGAGAUGUUCCCAUUACCCACGAGGGCCAUAUCGGCCGAGAAGGCGACGCAGAGGAGAGUAGCGCUGGAAUAGACACUGAGCUGCAACAAGAACUCUUGCUCGCGAUCCAUCAGCUUCAGUCACAGCUUGAGGCAGCACAAGCAAAGUAUGCAGACUUGACAAACCACUACGAGAGAGUCUGCGUAGACUUGGCCAGAUCGGAGGAGCAGCUCAUCAGGGUGCAAAAGCAGCUGUCAGUAGAGACGGAGAAGAAGAGGGUGCGUCAAGAAGAGCUCGAGGCCAGACUUGGAAGCUUGACGGAAGACUUGACUCAGACAACGCAAUCACUCUCUCAGGCCAACAGACGGCUGCAACAGCAGAACAGUGAGCUCGCCAAACAAGCCGAAAGGGUCAAGCAGCUCGAAGCAGAGCUCAAAGACGUUCAGACUGAGGCAUUGUAUCGGCAGAACGCACCUGCCUUGUCCGAACAGUGCGAUGGAAAGGCAGAUGUUGAUGAGCAAAGACCAUCAUCAUCCGAUUCCUCCACUGCGUCGUGCGCCGAUGAUGAUUCUGUGGGCGAAGUGCAUACGGCCGCAACAACCUUUCAUCGCCGCAUAGAGUCGAGCGUCUUCACCUUCCCUCCUCGAGGGGCGAGACACUCACCAAGCGGCUCAGCAGCUGAAGAGUCGAGGUUAGAGGUUGCUGUAAAGCACAAUCGGCUUGUUCGACCCAAAUCAAAAAUCAGCGUUACGGUUCCUGCAAGAGUGGACUCAUUGUGGCAAGAACUUGUGGACCUAGCGGCAGAGGACGCUGAUUCGAGCGCCUCCAGCGACUCGGACAGCACGCGACUCUGCGCAGAUGCACCAGAGCCACAGGAUGAGGCUGUAGGUAAAUCUGUUCAUCUUGAGUCUGUUCUGCUUGAUGAAGCGAUCCCAAGGGUCACUAUCUCUGUCGGAACACAAACAGAUCAAGGAGUGGUGGAUGCCGAGACCUCUCCGGUGACCGAGCGCCUCAGCCUUGCAUCUUCUGGCAUCCUCAACCUCAUAAAGAUGCGCGAAGAUAUGCUGGACUGGCUCACAGCACCAGAUAUCGACCGAGCAGCAAAUCAGCGAUCGGAGCGACAUGAGAGCACAGCAAUGGAGCAGCGCUUCAAUUACCCAGCUUCAGUCCCAACACUUGACAUGCUGGUUUCCAAUCGAACACGCUCAGUAACACACAAGAGUGUGCAGUCAUUGUUGUUGGCACUGCCGACGACUGCGGCAACUGCAAGUCAGUUUGCGUCAUCGGUGGGGACACCUAGCAUCCUCAGCAACCAGCUGGAGGUGAGAAAGGCCAAGUCUUUCACUAUGGGUCUCAAACGCUUCAAAUACCCAAUAGGAUCAGUCGAAACUAGAUCUGUGGCCUCGUCUGUGAGCUCGAGUGACGGUAUUGGAGAGGUGGUGCGGGCUUCCACAACAAAUCCAAUGACCCGUAUGAUUGCACAGUGCAUGAUUGGGACGUACAUGUACAAGUAUGUUCGCAAGACACGGCCAGGUUUAUUCAGGUGGCGUCGCGGAAUGGAAGCAGAACCUGUCCGUCACCGACGUUUUGUCGCGCUGCGUCUCUCCGAAAUGGCAGUGAGCUGGUCUUUCACGCGACCUGCAGUUGGCAUGCAACUUGGCAUUCGCAGAUUCCAGAUUGAAGAAGUAUUGGACAUUGAAGACACAAGCACAAUGGCUGACGGGCAUGAUAGAUCCCUCCUCUUACUCUCUGGCGAUCAAUCCAUUCGCUUCACAUGCGAGACGCGCGAUGACCAUCAGCUGUGGCUUGACGUACUUCGAUGGCUCAUCCAGAAGCAUCAACCAAAGGGACGGACUACCUUAGCAGGAAGCACCAUCGACAAUGAUCUUCGUGGAGCAGAUUUCGCAAGCGUUCGAGAAGGGUCGUUGGGACGUACUGUGACGUAUGGUUCUGGUCUGUCGUCCAUGCCAGCACCUAUCAGCAGGGUGCGGCAGUUUGCUCGGGACGAACAAAGCGUCAAGGGACGUCCCCGGCCGCUGACAAUCGCGUCGGUGAGCUCGUCGGAGACGACUGAGGUUGAGAUGUCGUCGCCAGAGCCGAGUUCACAGACGCUUGCUCAAGCGCACAAGGUGUCGAGCGCGAGCGACUCGACAAGGAAGCUUGCACAUGGUGUGUAGGUAUCCUUCAGAGCUUGACAGACGAAGCGACCUUGUGGUACUCGGCCGGUCCGAGGGCAAAUCGCUGAGCUUGUCGGAGAGGCAAUAAGCAAUCUUUUUCCGGCCAAGAGUCUUGACUGACCUGGGUGGAGAUUUUAGCGUAGGGCGCAUUACAUGGCAGUGACUAGCAAUGCAUCAUGGCGGUAGCAGAGCUA